CUGACAGACACGCAGACCAACAGUGGAGCCCUAGGGUUCGUCCCCUGACUCCCGAGCUCCUUUGGUGGCGACUGGGGCUCGGCGCUGCGAAGCCAGAUGUGGUCCGGAGGCGGUGGGAAGGCGCGGGGCUGGGAGGCCGCGGCGGGAGGGAGGACCAGCCCCGGCAGGCUCAGCCGCCGCCGAAUCAUGUCGAUGAGUCCAAAGCACACGACUCCGUUCUCAGUGUCUGACAUCUUGAGUCCCCUGGAGGAAAGCUACAAGAAAGUAGGCAUGGAGGGCGGCGGCCUCGGGGCUCCGCUGGCGGCUUACAGGCAGGGCCAGGCGGCACCGCCGGCCGCCGCCAUGCAGCAGCACGCCGUGGGGCACCACGGCGCCGUCACCGCCGCCUACCACAUGACGGCUGCGGGGGUGCCCCAGCUCUCGCACUCCGCCGUGGGGGGCUACUGCAACGGCAACCUGGGCAACAUGAGCGAGCUGCCGCCGUACCAGGACACCAUGCGGAACAGCACCUCGGGCCCCGGAUGGUACGGCGCCAACCCGGACCCGCGCUUCCCCGCCAUCUCCCGCUUCAUGGGCCCGGCGAGCGGCAUGAACAUGAGCGGCAUGGGCGGCCUGGGCUCUCUGGGGGACGUGAGCAAGAACAUGGCCCCACUACCAAGCGCACCGCGCCGGAAGCGCCGGGUGCUCUUCUCCCAGGCGCAGGUGUACGAGCUGGAGCGACGCUUCAAACAGCAGAAGUACCUGUCCGCGCCCGAGCGCGAGCACCUGGCCAGCAUGAUCCACCUGACGCCCACGCAGGUCAAGAUCUGGUUCCAGAACCACCGCUACAAGAUGAAGCGCCAAGCCAAGGACAAGGCGGCACAGCAGCAACUGCAGCAGGAUAGCGGCGGCGGGGGAGCGGGCUGCCAGCAGCAGCAAGCGCAGCAGCAGUCACCGCGCCGCGUGGCUGUGCCGGUCCUGGUGAAAGACGGCAAACCCUGCCAGGCGGGCGCCCCUGCGCCGGGCGCCGCCAGCCUGCAAGGCCACGCGCAGCAGCAGGCGCAGCAGCAGGCGCAGGCCGCUCAGGCGGCGGCGGCAGCUAUCUCAGUGGGCGGCGGCGGCCCCGGCCUCGGCGCGCACCCGGGCCACCAGCCGGGCAGCGCGGGCCAGUCUCCGGACCUGGCGCACCACGCCACCAGCCCCGCGGCGCUGCAGGGCCAGGUCUCCAGCCUGUCCCACCUGAACUCCUCGGGCUCGGACUACGGCACCAUGUCCUGCUCCACCUUGCUAUAUGGUCGGACCUGGUGAGAGGCCGCCGGGCCGGGCCUAGCCCAGCGCUCUGCCUCAUCGCUUCCCCUACUGCCCGCCACACACCACCAACCACCCACUACACCGUGCGCUUCGACUUUUCUAAAGAACCUGUCCCGAUAAGACCAAGGGAAAAAACACAACGACCAAACUGCUGGACGUAUUUCUUUUCUUUUCUUUUUUCUUUUCUUUUCUUUUUCUAAACUGUGCAGGAUUUUUUUUAAAAAAAGAAAAUACAACAACCAAGCGAUCCAAUUCUUUAAGGAGUCUUAAACAGAGAAGGACGUAACAAGAACCGCUUUGGGGGUGUCUUUUGGGUGAUUCCGAUGGGUUUCCCACGCUUGGGUGGGGCGCAGUUUGGAGAGGGCUCUACGCUGACAUGCCUCUGGACUCUAAAGAUCGAAAACUUCACUCUGGGUACACUGUGCCAGCAAAGUGGACUUGCCUGUAAAUACCAGGAUUUCUUUGAAGGGGCGACGGGGGCUGGGGAGAGGAAAAGACUCCUCGACAGAUCCCCCUUGCCACUGACACAAAGGAAAUGCCCCCUCCUGGCCCCCUCUGGCCACCCAGGCUCAGCUGAGACCGGCCCUGGUUAAAAUUGUUUUAUGUUUGAUGUGAACUUGUAGCUGUAAAACGCUGUCAAAAGUUGGACUAAAUGCUUAGUUUUAGUAAUCUGUACAUUUUGUUGUAAAAAACAAAAACAAAAAACCAGUCCCCGUCCCCAGCCCUUCAUAUUUUUUAUGGGCCUUGACAAAUCUGUGUAUAUUAUUUGGCAGUUUGGUAUUUGCAGCGUCAGUCUUUUUCUGUUGUAACUUAUGUAGAUAUCUGGCUUAAGUAUAGUUCCUAAGAAGCUUCUAAUAAAUUAUACAAAUUAAAAAGAUUCUUUUUCUGAUUAAAAA